GCGGAGCUGUGAGCCGGACGGACAGGAGUCACACACCGGGUCGGAUCCGCAUCACAGGGACUCACUGCACACUGUAGAUCUCAAGGUGGAGCCUGAUCUCAAGGAGACCUGGAAACCUGCUGGUACUGGACUUUAUAAAAUACGGGGUGUUUUAAGUUGAAUAUUUAUUUAACCUGCAGUUUGGGUGUAGCUUGUGUGGCAAGUUUCCUCUGCACUUUGUGACGGGACAAAGGAUAACACCGAUCUGUGUGCAGCGUUCAAUGACGCAUAUUAUUAUAAGAUAGGGCUGGAUUCUCUGUUUAACUCAUGCAUUUUGGAUUUAAUAGACAGAUCUCUGCUGUGUGAGGCUGUUUUGUUGUUAUAUUAGCAUAGUAGGAGUAUAUGUUCGCACAAUAGCAGCAGCAGCAGCAGCUUGCUAGUAGCAGGGGAUAGUCAGCAGAGCAUUGAUCGCAGUGCUGAGCUCCCAGCUUUGACCAAUCCGGUUAAAUUUAGUUUACUCAGGAAAAUGAUGCGGAUGCCUAAAGGCGUCUCUCCGGCACCGGCUCGGCCAGUGGCGCUGCCCUGCCCUCAGCAGAAGAUGAAGGUUGUGUGCACCGGAGGAGUGAAGACCGAGUUCUUCAGCACCGGACUGUCCAGCCCGCCGAUGAGCUCGGUACCGGCCGGCUACUUCACCCAGAUCUGCAACACCGCCGCGGCCGAACAAAGAGCCAACAGCCUGUACUCAACCCCCCACGGACCAGAGGCUAAACCCAUCAGAUCAUCCUCCGGGCGACUGCCGGCUAAAAGGAAGCUGGAUCUUGAGGACCCUCUUUACAUGCCAGAGUUCCGAACACCAAAAGGCAAAAGCAGCAUCGCAGCCAGGAUACCAAGUCCAAGGACUCCAAAGUCUCCAGGUGAGCGGACGCGGUACGACACCUCCUUGGGCCUGCUGACCAAGAAAUUUGUGGGUCUGAUUGCGGAGUCUCCUGAUGGGGUUCUUGACCUGAACUGGGCCACUGAGGUUCUGGAGGUCCAGAAGAGACGCAUCUAUGACAUCACAAAUGUCCUGGAGGGAGUCCAGCUCAUCCGAAAGAAGUCCAAGAACAACAUCCAGUGGCUGUAA